AUGUCCUAUGUGAGUCAAGGAAAGUUACACUUUCUAACAAGACAUGUUGAUAAACGCAAUUGGGAGAAACCUUUCCAAUUCCUGCUGAAUACAACAAUUCAAGUUGGAAAUCUGAAGAAAACAGAGAGAAAUAUCAAUGUAACUUUGUCAAAAGAACAGAUUCAUGGAAAUCUGACUUGUAUGGAAAACCAACCCCCAGAAGGAUCACAUGCGCUGGCUAUCUGCUUUCGAAACAUUGUGGAAAUUAUGACAAAAUUGCCAGAAGAUGAUGUUGAAAGAAUUGCAGAGUUUUACUUUGAACAGCUUGACACAAACUUACCCCAGAACAGAAGAGCAAAGGAGAAUAUGGUUGAUGUUUUGGGGGCCAUGAAUACAGAACUAUCAGAUAAGCUCCUGGCAGAAAAAAUAUUCUUAAACCCUAACCCAGAUCCUGAGAUGAUUAAAAGAAUUCUGACACAUGUGGCAACAAAAUUUAGGUCUCCUCACAGGGUCCUUCUGCAAGCUUUAGAAGAUGCUGUCUUUCACAAAGAAAAGUUUCCUGAAGAAUUUUAUGCAAAGGACACCCAUAGCCGAUGUAUGUUGGCUUUAGGUGCAGUGAGUCACAAAUUGUCCAAAGAGGGAAAUUCUAAUCGAGCAAGAAGAACAGUAAAUUGGGUGCAUUCUGUACUGGGCAUGCAUGAUCCAUAUGAGUACAGAAAAAGGAGAGCAGUGAUGACAGAGGAAGAAAAGGAAUCUUAUGACCAUCACAAAGUGAUUCUUCUGGAGACACUGGGAAAUGCUAGAAUGGAUGAGUCCUAUGAUUACAUUAUCUCUCACAUCAACAGUACAAACUCACAGUGGAUCAAAAGGGCUGGAUGUCAUGCACUCAGGAAAUAUGAACAUCAACAUGCAGCUGAUACUCUUCUGUAUUCUGCAUUGUUUGAUGAGGACCAGUCUGUACGCUAUGAAGCUGCCCUUUUGUACAUGGGGCAUCCAAAAGGCAAAAUGAUUGCUCCAAUGAAUAGUGAACCGACAGGAAAUAAUGGUACGUCAAUGAUAGAUCCAUAUGAUGCAGGCAUUGAUGUGAUGGACCUUGCACAAAACCAUCAUAGGUCUAGAAGGAGCAUCUGGGAUGGACUUAAAUUUAGAUUGGAAGCACCAAGUGUGGACUGGCAGAAGUUAAUAGGAUCUAAAAGCAUUGGGGCAUCAUUUGGUGUGAUCAUGAUAAAUCUUCUUGACUUGGUUGUUGCACCAACACAUGGCCAUGUAAAAAUUAAAGUUCACGAUGAGGCUUACGCAAGAAUUCAUCUUGGCUUCAUUGGAAAAAACUAUGAGUUUUUCCAAGCUAGAGUUUGCUUUAAAGGAGGAGCUGAAUACAGCAUAAACAUUCUUCAGGGAAAUGACAUGAAGAAAAUUAUAAAGUUGGCAGCCAAUUUUUCCAAGAAGUUGAAGGAGAUUGUUGAUGGAAUCAAGGAGGGUGUUCAACUCUUCAAAGACAUCAUAUCUGGAAGAUUGAACAUAAAGGAUAUUAUUAAUGAGCUGAUUCAGGCCAUCACUAGUUUACCUCAAAAGAUUUUAAAACUGAGGGAUAUUGCAUCUUCAGCCAUGAGAAAGAUAGGAAGUUUUGAUCCGGCAGACUUACCUGUGGAGUUUCAACCAGCCAUAAACUUUGUCCACAAAGUGACCAAGUUAUUUAAUGACAUCAAGACAGAUGUAAUGGGGUUUGUGCAUGAAAUUGAACAAGCAAUAAAAGUUGUUAUUCCACUACAAGGAAAAGAAAUUUUUGAUGCAGUUAAAGAUAUAAUUGAUGCCUUUAAAAACAUUCUUAAAAAUCCCAAAGAGGCAUUGAUGAAAAUAGGAGGGAGCAUAUUUAAGAUUUUUCAAGCUGUAAAAACUGUUCUAGAUCAGAAAGACAGGAUUCAAGAUGCUUGUUUCUUUCUGAGAGAUGACAAGCCAUACUGGUUUGAUGUAGCAGCUUUAGUAUCAGAGUACAGUGACAUGGCAGCCAAGGCAUUUAAAGCUUUAGAGUCGGCAGGUACAAAAUGGGUCGCCGAGAAAGUUGACGAAGCAGAGGAUGCAGUUAUAAAGUUCUCUAAAGGAAAGUUCUCCAUGCAAUCUAUGAAACAAGAAGUAGUAAACUUAUUGAAAACAAUUAAGGAAGAAUUGAUGGACCCAUUUAAAGGUUUAAUUGGAAUGGCUGAUACAUUUAUUAACAAGUACGGAAAGGUGUUCAACAUUAUCAAGUCGGUAAAGGAUGCAUAUGAUAUUCUGAAGGAAGGAUAUGAAACAGCCAGAGGAAUAAUAGACUCCCUGUUUGGAACGAGAACUCAUGGGAGUUUCCCCAUAGUUCGCAGAGAAAAAGAUGACCAGUGUAGUGGCAGUGGAGAAUAUCCUUCAAGUCUUGGAAGUGGCCAUACGAAUUACAAGCAUGAAGGAGUGGACAUUGUUAUAGAUAGUGGGAAAACAAUAGUUGCCCCUUUUGCUGGAGAGGUCACAAGAGAAGAUGGAGACACAGUGAAGCUAGUGGUACAGGGAGGCUCACUGAAGGAGGCCAUCAUAUAUAUCACCAAUAUUGAAGCCAAAUCAAGUAUAGAGGAAGACGAGCCUAGAUCUUUUGCAGCAGGUCAACCAAUUGGAACAGCAAAGCAGUCAGUGUGCAAAAAUCACAUACAUGUAGCUUUCUUCAAAGAUGGUGAUUAUAUAGACCCUACAAAAUAUUUGGAAUUUAAACCUGUAACUAUGCCGGAAUGGAAACAGCAGUGCGAUGAUUAUAGACUUGUGCUGAAGGUAGAAAAGUACUCAGUCCAACAGCCAGAAAAUAAUGUUUCAAACACAGAAGUUGCUGCAGAAAUACCUGACCUACCCUCAUCUUUUGAUCCUGAUUUCACCACAGAUAUUAAAGAUGAUCCAGACAGUGCUUAUAAUGCCAUGCAAGACCAGUCAACGAAUACUGAUGUUAUGGAGAUUGAUGAUCAGGAAGAUAUGUGCCCAGCUUUGAUGGGAACUAAUUCUCCAGUUACCACUACCACCACAACAGUGGCUCCUACCAAGACCGGAAAAGGAUUCUUUUCCAAACUUCUGAAGGCUGCUGACAAAUUCCUGCAGAAAUUCAACAUUCGCCGUCUUAAGUUUGGGACAAUCAUUGAGUUUCUAGACAAGCUUAAAAUGGUCAAAAGUAAAGAAGCAAUGGCUAAAGUGAUGAUAACCAUCAAAGAACUCAUAGAAAAUAAGCCCUGUGUUAGCCCACAUGAAAUGACUGAGGAUCAGCUGAUGAAUGAGUUGAUGGAGAGAGGCAAAGACACGUCAGGCUCCAGGGAGGACAUGGUGGCCAGACUUCUGGAGCUCGACCAAAGCUGUCCACUGAUGUCCUUCACCAUGCCAAAGGAUGUCUACUGUACCUUUGACAGUCACUGCUUGGGAGUGGAAUGUUGCAUCAAUGUCAAAAUCGCCAUGUUCCUGAAAGUCUUCAAGUUCUGGGCCAGAUUUGAUCCAUGUUCAGAACCAAUGCAGUUUGUGAUGGCGUUCGACAAGUUCAAUUACACAAUCAAAAUUAAAGGCAGUCUGAACUUUGAUGGUUUUGAAAAUGAAUUGAGAACAGGAAUCAAGAUAAAUCUUAUGGGUGGCAUUGAAUUGGUUGUCAAGUACAGUAUUACUAAAGGAAAGGAAGCUGCACUGGCAACAUUUGGUGUAGGAUUCUGUAGUUUUGAAGACAUAAAUGACUGUGUUCUAUUUGUGAAUUUACUGGACAAUGCAGUUCUGCCCAUUCCUACAUGUCAAGCAGAUGGAACACUUAUAUGGCCAGAAUUGAAUUUUACAAAGCUUUUCGACAAAGAAGCACUGAUCAAAAGAAUCAAGGAGCAAGGGAAAGCCUUGACAAAAUUGGUUGUCUCAGAACUUAUGGAUGAGUUUUUAAAAUUACUUCAUAUUCCCAAGGCAAUGCUGCUAGACAGUGAACCUUCUCCAAGACCAGGAAAAAUGACAUUAGGGCAAAUACAGGCAGCAUUGAUGUCAAGAAAUUUAUCCACAGAUGGAAGCAGAGAAAUUCUUAACCAUAGAUUAUUGUUAGAUGAUUUAUCAUGUAGCAUUCUUAAAGUACCUGUCCAUCUUCCUGAGAUUACUGGAGAUCUUGGAAAAGUUCUGUAUUAUGCAAUACAGGAUGAUUGUAUGAGGGUAGAUGCCUGGGCAGAUAUCACAGUACCACUUCUUGGACAGACCUACACCAAGACUCUGAGAGCCUAUGUAGAUUUAGACCCUUGUAGCUUUGUCUUCCAGGUGGCAUUUGAGGGAUUUUCAUACACAAAGGUUCUUCUGAGUUACAAUUGGGGGAAAGAUGAAACUGCAGAAAUUUCAAAGCAUGUCAUUGUCAAAUAUAAAAUUGAUAGAGAUGUUGAAAAUGGCAUGUUUCUUGUGAGUUUUGGACUGAAAAUAUGUGCUGGAGAUUGCUUUUUAGAUGAUUAUUUUCUGAAGAACAUUCAAAUUCCUAUUCCACUGUGUGGAGAAUUUGUCCUCCCAGGUGGAGGGUCAUUCAGCGGCCUUUUACAGACAAUUGGAGGGAAAAUGACAGAAGAAGCAUUUGAGCUGGUAUUAAAAAAGUUUGAUCUUGACAUGGUAUUUAAAUCUGGACCAGUGCAGCUACCACCAGGACCAGAUGAUUGUCCUAUUUCUUUUGACUUCCGAAAGUACCUACCCCCUGCAAUAAGAAAUAUGGUGACUUGUGUGCAGCCUCCCAACUGCUGGGGGAUAGACUGUAGCCUUGACCUGACAUUUACCAUUCCUUUAGGAAACAUUAAAAUCACAAAGAAUAUUCCUUUCUGGUUCAAAUUGGACCCAUGUGAUUUUGGCAUUGACAUUGGGUUUGGAACACAAACUUUGUUAAAAACCCGCCUUCUGCAGUAUGAGUUUGGAAAAGAAAAGUCUCUGACACUUGGAUCAGGAAAUCCUGCACCUGUUGAAAUCAUAUAUAAGAUUGAUAAAAUGGAGGGAAAUAAAGGCUUUAUUGUGGAUGUGAGGGUGAUGAUUUGCCUACCUAUGGAUGGAAAGAAGUACUGUAUUCCAACUGAAGAAGGGUUACAGUUGCUUCAAAACCAGGAAAUCCCAGUGUGCGACCAGCGGGCUCUCAUUAACUUCAAAAACUUUUCUAUCUCGGACUGGUUUAGAGAUAAGGCAUUGGACAUUGGAGAGCAGCUAGGAGAAGGAGCAAAGAUGUUAUUGUUGGAAGAACUGAACCUGACAAAUUUCUUUCAGAAGACCAAGUGUGACAGAACAAGAUCACCAUACAUUCCAUCUGUAGAGGGGAUGCACAACACAUGUCCCAAAACCAUAGCAUUUUUGCCUUCCAAGAUUCCUGAUCCAAUGUCUUGCUACAUCCCUGACUAUUGCACAGGAAUAGAAUGCUGUGCAGAGAUCCCAGGUCUGGGACUAGGAUUACAUCUGUUUUUGAAUUUGGACCUGGACAAACUUGAACUGAGUUAUGGAUUUGAGAAUUUAAAAACAAAAAUUAAACUUAUUGACUAUGUUUGGGGAAAUGAAAUCAAAGUAGAAGUUGCUGGAGGACUAAUUAAGUUUAUAUUCAGCAUAAAAUCAAUAUCAGAUGAAAAUGUUUAUGUUUUCAAUGCCCGGGCAGCUGUUUGCUUGGAUGGAGGAAAAUGUUCAAUUGACAUUCCAGUGUUUACCAACACAAAGCUACCGUCUAUAAGAGCUCUUGUGACAGGAGAAUUCAAUUUCUCCAUGUCCAAUUGGCUGGAAAAUAUGGGAAUUCCUUCACUGGAUGACUUAAAGGACAGUGCCAAAACAAUGUUAAUCCAACAGUUAGGUGUGGACAAGUUUUUACUGGACAAACCCUGUGAUAUAACUGGUGACUUGUAUUCUCCGAGUUUCCAUGGAUGGAAAAAUAAUUGUCCCUUGGAUUGGGUAGUACCACCAGCGAUUCCAUUCCAAAAUGUGAAGUGUGCUCUGACAGAGAACUGUACCAGGAUUGACUGUUGUGUGGACUUCAGCCUUCUGAAUCUAAAGCUUCACUUUUUCCUCCACUUUGACAGGUGUAAUUAUGUCAUCUCUGGUGGAAUAGAGAAGAAAACCUUCUCAUAUGGACUUCUGGAUUUCAACAAUUUUUGGGGAAAAGAAAUAAAGACUGACAUUGCAAACAUCAUUUUUAUUAAAUUCAAGGCUAGUCAGUUAGAAGUGUCCAGGAAAUAUGUCCUUGACCUUGGAGUUUCUGUUUGUUUGGAGCCCAGGAAAUGUGAACUAGAUGUCCCAGUCUUCAAUAAAGUCCUUAUUCCUGUCCUUAACUGUGACCUUGCAAUGGAUUUCUCCUUAAAAGGCUUUUCUCUGACACACUGGAUGAAUGAGCAAGGGUUGUCACUGGAUGGAAGCCUGUCUACAGCUUUGUCCAACUCUCUGUUCAAGCUGUUGGGCAUUGAUUCAUUCAUGAAAGAGAAAUCCUGUUCCCGCUCAGAGCCACCAUACAGUAUCAACAGGUUACAGGAAAAUGGAUGGUCAUCAGAAUGUCCAACAAAACUGCCACUUUUCAAAAUUCGUGGAACAACAUCUUGUAACAUUAAGGAGUCUUGUACAGCUGUAUCUUGCUGUAUAGAGGUGGGCAAAAUAGGAAGGACAUUCGAAGUGGAACUGGACAUUGACUUUUGUAACCAGAAAAUUACAUUUGGGAUUGAGAAACUGACAGAAACUCUCUCUCUACAGCUGUUUGAAUUUGGAGUGAGGAAAGAAAUUGUUAUCAAGGGAGUUGUAAAAUUUGGUUACACCAUCUGGGACCAUGCUGGGGAAGGGGUGUAUGUAGUGACUGUAGAUUUGGCAAUAUGCCUGGAGGAUGGAGGUGACUGCUUAAUCAAUGUCAACAUUCUCGAUCAAGCCAAGCUUUCCAAGCAGAUCUGUCAGUGGGGCACUGGUUUCCUUAACCCUGGUUUCACUUUGGAUAGUUUUAUGAAGGAAAAUGCCUUGACAGCCUUUGAUCAAAUAAAAGGCUUGGUUCUUGAUGAACUUAAGGAAUCUUUAGGUCUACCUCAGUAUCUGGAUGACCCACCCUGUUCAUUAUCCAGCCAGACAUACAAUCCAAACAACAAUGGACUCAAAAACUCUUGUUCCAAACCCAUUGGAUCGUUGCCCUCACUUCCCUCCAACAUGAAGUGUGCCGUGUCGGAGUCCUGUACUGGGAUUGACUGCUGUAUAGGCGCUGCACCAAUUCAUCACAACUUCCAUGUGUAUCUAGAUAUUGAUCCCUGCAGUCUGAAGAUGGAGUUUGGGAUUGAUAAAUUACAGUUCCAGCUCUAUUUACAAGAAUUUGAGUUUGGUGUGGUAAAAGAUGUCAGACUGGUCAAUGUUGUCAGAAUGAAAUUUAAGAUUUGGGACUUAGCAGCUGAGAAUCAGUUCUUGGUAGAUCUGAGAUUUAGUGUAUGCUUUGAUUCAGCAUCUCAGUGUAUACUGGAAAUUCCAAUAUUCCAACAACAACGCCUUCCAAAGAACAUUUGUGAUUUUGCUGCAAGCUUUUCAAAUUUUUCCUUGGAUGGCUGGAAGUCCUCAAUGGGUUUUAACAUGGGUAAAUUGACAUCAUUGGCAACUGACCAGCUGAUGGAAUAUCUUGGUAUUGCUGGUUACCUGAAGAAAAAGCAGUGCAGUGUACAGAGUGGGAAUAGGACCAUCCAGGGCUGGAAUGAUGAUUGCCCGAAGUCCUCCUCAUACCAGAAGCCUGAUUUAUCCUCAUUGCCUGUGCUGUGCUCCAUAUCCUCUAAAUGUACAGAGAUCCACUGCUGCUUAGCCAUGGAAUCUAUUGGGAGGAACUUUGAGACCUUCAUUGACUUAGAUUCAUGCCUCAAAACACUUGAAUUAGGAAUAGAAGAAUACAGAACUAAAAUCAAUUUGUUGACAUAUUCAUUUGGAUCAAAGAAAAGUUAUUGGAUGAAGGAUGUGAUCAGAAUAGAGUACAGUAUUGAAGAUCUCGAAGCCAAAUACCUUGUGAACAUGAAAGUUGAGAUUUGUCUUGAACAUGGGCAGCCAUGUAUUAUCUCUCAUGAUGUUGUAAAAGAUGUGUACCUACCAAAACCUGGCUGUGACUGGUCAUUUGACUUCUCUGGAUUCUCCAUCUCAGGGUGGUACAAGAACAUGUCCUUGACCCCAGGCUCAGUGCUGUCAACUACUUAUCUGUCCAUGCUAAAGGAGAGUCUAGGGAUCACCAAUUUCCUACUGCCCAAGGUAAAACAAUGUAACAGGAGGUCAGCUGCUUAUCUUCCAGAGACUGAGGGUCAGACUGGAUGGAAAAUUGACUGUCCCCUUGGUGUGGGUAACAUGACCCAGUUAACUAGUUCCCUUCCCAUCAGCUGUCACCUGAUGAGCCACUGUACUGCUGUGGAAUGUUGUCUGGAUUUUCAGGAUCCUCUACAACAGACAAUACAUUUCUUCCUCGAUCUGGAUCUCUGUCUCCAGACUCUCAAAGUGGGAAUAGAGAAACUCUCCUAUGAAAAGACAUUGUUCUCUUACCAAAAUGGUGUGGAGGACAGCUUCAGCUUGAUGGAUGUGGUCCAGUUGAGGUACAAGAUUGAAGAUAUUGACAGGAGUGACUUAGAGUUAACAGCAGAAAUCAAGAUGUGUCUGGAGGAGAAAACUUGUAUCUACCAGUCUCUUUUGUUUGAUAAACAGAGGAUACCAAAACCUGGGUGUAACUGGAACCUUAACUUUACAGUACCAGAUUUCUCCUUGACAAACUGGUUCAGUGGUAUAGGUGCUGCUAUUGGAUCUCAGCUUUCCACCCUGAAUGCUGCCAAACUUCUAGAAGAACUUGGAAUUGCCAAAUACAUGAAGGAGGUUCCUUGUCAGAGAUCUGGCCCAGUAUACAGUCCUGCUGUCAAUGGGUGGAAAAAAGACUGCCAGUUGGAAGUUGAUAUGAUGCCAAUCUCUGACUCAGUCACAUGUCUGGUGAAGGACUCCUGUACCUCAGUCAGCUGUUGUAUGGAUGUAGGAUUCAUGAAGACAUCAUUUGAAUCUUAUCUUACAUUGGAUGCCUGUAAUUAUUGGAUGGAAGUUGGUAUUGAGAAGCUGUCAUUUAAUGUCAGUCUCAAGGAUGUGACAUUUGGCAUAAAGAAUCAGUUCUACCUGAACAGUGUGAUUCGUAUUGAUUACAUGAUUGAAGAUUUGCCAGUGGAGAGACAAUUUAGAGUAUCCUUGACAUUAAAAGCUUGUUUUGAGGCCUCUGAUGAUUCUAAAUGUCUGAUCAACAUUGAAGUCUUCAAGAACACCCUGGUGCCCAAGUCAAUCUGUGACUGGACUGCAAGUUUUUCUACUCCAAAUUUCGACCUAGAUGCCUGGUACAGUAAUCUUGGUAUCAGUCCAGGAUCAGUUCUCUCCCUUGUCAAUAAAGACAAGCUGUUGAGUGAGCUUGGAAUUCGAUCUUAUUUAAGUACCAGUCCUUGUUCAUUUACUUCUCAGACCUUUAGUCCAGCCAACAGUGAUGGAUGGAAAAACGAUUGUAAGAAGGACUUAAGUAAUGCUCUUCCUACCCUGCCAUCCAAUGUGAGAUGUAACAUACCAUCCUUUUGCACUGGAGUAACUUGCUGUAUUGAGGAAAGUAAAGUAUUAAGGAGUCAACUCACAGUGGGAGUGGAACUAGAUGACUGCAACCAUGUCCUGACAUUCCAAGUGGAACAACUCAAAAUCAAAAUACAGCUCCAUGACUAUUCAUUCGGUGUAACUGAAAAAAGAUACUUGAUGAGUGUUAUUCAGUUUGAGUUUAGAAUUGAUGAUGUUCCUGCAGAGAAAGCUUACAAAAUAUCAGCCUCUCUGAAUGUUUGUUAUGGAGUAGGACCCUGUGUCUUAGAUUCCUUAGACUUACUGAAGGACUUCAAACUUCCCAAAACACUUUGUGAAUGGGGCACUGGCUUUCAGAUAGAUUUUUCUGGGACCUCCUGGUUGUUGGACAGAGGUUUAAGUCUUGACUCAGUCCUGUCAUCAGCUGAUGCCACUGACCUGUUAUCAACAUUAGGAGUACAGGACUUCCUUAAAACAGCUGAUCAGUGUGACCGCAGUAGUUCUCUAUACAGCCCCAACAUCAACGGAUGGAAAAACGAGUGUCCAAACACUGGGGUUCCUUCCCCCUUGCCAAGCUCAGUCUCCUGUCAGAUCCCACAAGUCUGUACUGGGAUUGACUGCUGUGCAGAGAUUGGAUUUCUGGGAGGUAGAACUAUCAAUGUACAGGUCCUAAUGGACCCGUGUGAAGCCAUCAUGAGUCUUAACAUAGAAAAGAUGCAAUACAACUUGACACUCUUUGACUAUGACUUUGGAACAACAGAUCAUUUCACACUGCAGGGAGCUGUAAGAAUUGAUUUCAACAUCCAGAAUUUGGUCAUACAAAGAAAGUAUUUAGUCAAUAUGAAUCUGAGUUUAUGCUUAGAAUCAUCAAAUCCCACAGCCUGUGUUUACUCAGCCACUAUCUUCAGAAACACCCUGCUACCAAAGAAACCAUGUAAUAUGAACCUCGACUUUAUCAAUCCAAGUUUUGACUUCACAUCGUGGAAAACUCUGAAUAACUUUGGCCCUACCCUGACUCCAGAGGAGACUAAGUUGCUGUGGAGGGAGAUUGGUUUAGAGGAAUAUGUCGGGGUGGGGUGUUCUAAGUCAUCCCCACCCUACAGUCCUCAGACUCAUCCAGGCUGGAAUGUUCCCACAAAGUGUGCUAUGAGUCCCCUAAGACAAACCAGUAGCCACCUGAACUGUCACAUCACCUCCAACUGUACAGGAGUCUCUUGUUGUCUGGAUGAUAGUGUUACUGGAAUGACUUACCAGUUCUCUAUUGAUAUCAAUGCUUGUGAUGAAAAACUGACCAUCAUGUUGGAGAAGAUGACAUUUACACUGUCUCUGUUUGAUUAUACCAUGGGAACAAAAGAGAUUGUGAGAUUGUUUGGGGUCCUAGAUCUAGAAUACAUGAUUGAUGAUCUGGCCCUGAGUGGUGAAUUUGUGGUGGAUCUAAGAAUCAAGUUGUGUUACACUAAAGGUCAGAGUUGUGAACAAGACAUAGCAGCAGUGACAGGACUAAGGCUGCCUAAAACACUGUGUCAUUUACAAACAGGACAGUUCCCAAUACCAGGUUUCUCACUCAGUAACUGGAUAAAAGAUAAGAUUGAUGGACCAUUCCUACAGCAGUGGGCUGUGGAUCUUCUUAAGUCAGAACUAAAGUUAUCUUCUUAUCUGAAUGACCCAAUGUGUAAAAGAUCAGACCUUUCUCCAGGAACUGGCAACUGGAAUGUGAAAGAUUGUACAGAAAGCAUCCCAGUUCCCUCUCUGCCAGCCCACACUUCCUGUAGACUGUCUGACUCUUGUUCUGCUGUAAAGUGUUGUACAGACCUUGACUUACUGAAAACAUCCAUCCAGUCAGAAGUCAAUGUAGACAGGUGUAGAGGGAAGGUGUUCAUCAGAGUGGAGAAACUGGAGAUGGUGAUCCUACUUACGGAAUUUGAAUUUUCAAAAUGGCACAGACAGUCAAUACAAAAUGUCUUCACAGUCCAGUAUAAAAUAGACUAUGUCUCAGCUGAGAAAGCAUUCCUGUUCAGUGUAAACUUCAGUGCCUGUUUUGAGACUGGUGGUGAUUGCAUGCUAAACUUUCCUAUUAUGACUAAUACCAAAAUUCCCAUGCUGGGAUGCAACUUCAAAAACCUGUCAUUUGCCAUACCAGGGUUUGAUUUCAAUAGCUUCUUGACAAGCAAAGGUAUAUCUACAUCCCUAACAACACUACCAGAUCUGCUGUCAGAACAGUUACUGGAAACUCUUGGUGUAAAAGGAUUCUUCAGCAGUAAACCCUGUAAUAGAUCUGACUUCACUGCAACAUCAUCAGGAUUUGAAAUUGCUUCCAGUUGUACAGAGAACAUUUCUCCUUUCCUGUCCCCUCUGUCCAGUGACACAAACUGUCGAGUGUCUACUUCCUGUAUGGACUUUCAGUGCUGUACAGACAUGACUAUCAUUGGGAGAACCCUUAACUACAGAAUCAGUGUGGAUGCCUGUGCACUCUCUCUCCAUAUCCAGAUAGAGAAAUUCAAGUUUGAGCUGUCUCUGAUAAAUUUCCAGUUUGGAGUGCCUCAGAAAUUCAGCAUAGAUCAAGUUUUCUCCCUGGAAUACCUCAUCAGAGAUUUGAGUGGACAGAGACAGUACCUUAUAGAUGUUACAUUGACAGUGUGCUUCAGUGAUUCUCCAUCAUGUGUGAUCAGAAACAACAUAUUACAGAAUUACUUAGUUACCAAACCAGUGUGUGCAUGGUACACAGGGUUCUCAAAUCCAGGGUUUUCAUAUUCAUCCUGGUUAACAACAAACAGUUUACCAACAUCUGGGUUACUGGAUAAGAUACAUACACCUAAAUUAUUGGAGGCACUUGGCAUAUCUAAGUACAUGAAAACUCCAUCCUGUGACAAAGACAAAGGAAUUUAUAGGAAUUCAUUUAAUGGAUGGAACUCAGAUUGCCAUCUUGAUGACAGCAUUAGGAGACCCAGUAUAGAUAAGAAUCUGGCCACCUGUUUCCUGGACAAGACUUGUACAGGAGUUCAGUGUUGUAUGCAGAUCCCCAGAGUUGGCCUGUCUGUAGAAGCCUUUGUGGAAGUCAGUGCUUGUGACCAUCAGCUCAGAGUGGGCAUCGAAAAUCUCAAGUUUAACAAAAGUUUGCACAAUUACAGAUUUGGAGAAUUGGAGAAAUUUGAUUUGUUUGGGUUCAUUGAGAUAGAUUUUGUGAUAACAGACCUUGCUUACAAUGGUGAGGGAGGAGAAUAUCUUGUUAACUUGAACAUGAGUGUCUGCCUGGAGUCAGGACAACCCUGUCAUCCCGUCGUUCCAGUAUUCAGUAAUACAAUUUUACCAAAGGGAGUGUGCAACAGAAAGCAAGACUUCAGAGACAAAGCAUUCUCACUGAAAACAUGGAAAGCUGCACAUGGGGUGGGAUCAUCUUUGGAUAUCCAUCAUGUAAAACAACUGUUUCAAGAUCUUGGUGUGGGUCCCUACCUACUGAGUUCAUUAGAGAAGUGUGACUGGAAUGAAUACCCGUAUAAAGCAGCUAAUUCUACUGGAUGGGUCGAUGGUUGUGAGACAGAAACCAAAGGCUUGAGUUCAUUGGGGACACACACAAGAUGUGUGAUUUCCAGAUCAUGUGGUGAAGUUAAGUGCUGCCUGCACUCAGAUGUCCUUCAGAUGAACUUGAAUACUUUCAUUAACAUAGAUACAUGUAAUGGUAAAAUAUAUGUAGGAAUUGAGAAAUACCAGUGGAGCCACAAACUUCUGGGAUACAAAUUUGGAGAGUUGAGACAUAUCUCCUUGUUUGGAAUGAUUAAUAUGGACUACAUUAUAACAGACUUAGUUACAUCUUAUGGAGUAAGCCUUAACUUGAGUGUAUGCUUUGAGUCAUCUGGAGCCUGUGAAAUCAGCAUUCCUGUUUUAAAGGAAAACAAACUCACAAAGGCUUCUUGUAACUGGACCAGGGACUUUGUUAUUAAUGAUUUCUCCUUGGAGAGUUGGUUGGACAUGAAAGGUUAUGGAGUUGAUGCCAGGCUACCCUCCUAUGCUGUGUCAGAACUGAUGCAUGACCUUGACAUCAUUCAGUAUCUUGGAGACUCCAGCUGCAACAGGAAAACUAUUCCUUUCCAUCCCAGUAAAAAUGGCUGGAACAAUGGCUGUGAUCAGUAUGUGUCACUGACGUCCAUCAGCUCUAACACGACCUGUCACCUGUAUGAUUUCUGUACUGGAGUCAGGUGCUGCUCUGAUCUCCCUGUACUGGGGAGGGCCAUCAAUGCCUGGUUGAUACUGGACCACUGUAACUACAGACUCAGUGUGGGCUUUGAGAAGUUCUCUGUCAACAUCAGUCUUUACACAUACUCUUUUGGAACACAACAAACUAUAAAUGUUAAUGGAGUCAUGAGACUGAGAUUUACUAUUGAUGAUCUUUCAAGUGAGCGAAAAUAUCUUGUAAACCUAAACCUGCAGAUUUGUUUUGAGUCAUCCAAAUCAUGUACUGUUGAUGUAGAUGUAUUCACAAACACAAAACUGCCAAAGAAACCUUGCGAUUGGACAACAGAUUUUCUUGAUGAUAGAUUUUCAUACAACAUUUGGAGACUUGGGAAGAGAAUCUCUACACCUGGCUUGUCUGAGAAUAACCUGGCACAGCUCAUGCAAAAUCUCGGUCUGUCUCAGUUUGUGUACAAGGGCCAUGAAAGAUGUAGCCAUGUAAAGUCACCAUUCAUUGGUGCAACAAACAACUGGAUCAAUGAGUGUAACCAGACACUGGUCCAUCCUCUCCCCUCCCUGUCUGGUAAACCAGCAGUGUGUCACAUCUCCAGCUCCUGUGCUGACAUCCAGUGUUGUGUGGACGUACCAGCCAUCAGUUCCUCCUUCUUCACUAAGCUAGAAAUUGAUCCUUGUACAUUCCAAAUGGUUGUCAGCAUUGACCAACUGAGUUUCUCCAAGAACCUGUUUGAUUAUGAAUGGGGAAGAGAAGAAGAAAUGUGGCUCUUUGGAGUAGUCAGAAUGACGUUCCAGGCAUUUGAUAUGUACACAGAUGGGUACUUCAUUAUAAACUUGAGACUGGACGUGUGUUUAGAAGCCCUGAAGGUCCCAAAUUGCAAUGUCUCUGUUAAUGUACUUAAAGAUUACUAUCUACCCAAGAAAGUUUGCAAAUGGGAUGCCCCCUUCAUCAUUCCAGGAUUUUCAUUAGAUGAAUGGACAACAAGUGAAGGUGUGGCCAGCACAACACCUUUGGAGAGUGGAUCAGUGGAUAACCUUCUGUCGCAUCUCAAUGUGGCUGCCUUCAUGUUGUACCCAUCAUGUUCAUCAAGUGAUUCAGUUUAUGGUGAUGCUGCAGAUAAAUGGAGAAAAUAUUGUCCCCUGGAUGUUCAGAGGUCCUUAGAAAGAGUGAGGGACAGAACACUGUGUACAGUAUCAACAACAUGCUCAGACAUUAAAUGCUGCAUCAGUGUCCCCCUGUUGAACAGGACCUUUGAAGUAGGAAUCAACGUUGACUAUUCUUAUCAGAAAUUGGUGGUUCAUGUUGAGAAGAUGUAUCGAAAACACUCCUAUGUUGGAUUUGAAUUUGGCAAAGAUUAUUUGCUGAGCAUAGCUGGAGUUUUGAAAUUCAGAUACAAGUUAAAUGAUCUUUCUGAUGGAGAUGUCCUGGAUAUCACAAUGUCAGCAGAAGCUUGCUUUGAGGAUGGAGCUUGUGUAUUGAAUAUUCCAAUUCUCAAAAACUUGCUGAUACCAAAGAACCAGAAAAAAUGGGAUUCACUCUUUUCAGUUAAAGAUUUUUCAAUAACUCAGUGGUUGAGUGAGAUGUACAUACCAGAAGGUGACAUUUUACAGAAACACCAGUCAGAUGAACUUUUUGAGAGCCUUUCUCUCAGACCCUAUCUCAAACCAGACUCCAUAUGUAGUACAAUCAAGUCCUCUGCAGGUGGAACAGGCUGGGUUAAUGACUGCACUGACUUCACAAGCGUGUCCUCUCUGACCUCUUACCCCUUGACCUGUGAACUUGAAAGAUCCUGUAACAAAGUCACAUGUUGUGUAGAAGCCACGCUCACAAAUUCUUCAUUUGAAGUCACCAUGGACAUUAAUCCUUGCACCAGGACUCUCACUUUAGAAGUAGAAAAACUGAGAGCCACAAUUCCAUUCUCAGAUAUUGCAUGGGGAGAGGAACAAUCUUAUUAUCUAUUUGGAGUUAUUCGAAUGGAUUACAAAGUCUAUGAUCUUUCUGCUGAGAACAUAUUUCUGAUGGACUUGAAAGUAUCACUUUGUUGGGAGAGGUAUAAACCAUGCACCUUUAUUGCAAAUGUUUUCAAAAACUCCAUGCUUCCAAAAAGAAAUUGCGAAGGAAAGAUGCAUUAUGAAAAACCAGGUUUCUCCCUGUCAAACUACAGUACAGAAAAUAGUCUUGAUCUGAACAAUAUGACAGACAGGAACUUGGUCUAUUUGUUUGACUACAUAGGCGUUUCUAGCUACAUCACUGGACCUUCCUGUAACAGAUCUGAGAGUGGAUUUCUACCCAAUACAAAUGGAUGGAAAAAUGAGUGUCCCACCACAAUAACUCCUGGACUGUCCUCUUUGCCGGACUAUGUAACCUGUCAUAUGAUGUCCAGUUGUACCAGUGUUCGCUGUUGUAUGGACUUAACCAGGCUAAAAUCUCAGUCAGUCCAGUUCUACUUGAUUAUGGACUCGUGUGAAUGGGUGGUUGAGUACGGAAUUGAUAAAUUUGUGGUAAAACCGACUGCCAUGUAUGGAUUGGAGUUCAACAAAUGGCAGGACUAUUGGAUGAAGGGGAUAUACAGACUUAGGUUUAAGAUAACAGACCUGCAUGGGGCAGAGUAUUUCAGAGUCAGCCUAACAUUCAUGGUCUGUCUAGAAGAUGGACUGCCUUGUGAGCAGGAAGUUUCAUUAUUAAAUAACACACUUUUACAUAAGCCCUCUUGUGAUUGGAAGAUAGGAACAGGGAUCAAAGAUUUCACACUCAGUUCAUGGAAGACACAGAAUAAGUACACAGCAAUGGAGGAACACAGCAUUGCUAGACUGGAAGAGGUUCUAGGAAUGCAUGGGUACCUUUAUAACUCCACCCAAGUCUGUGAAAGAACAUCAGGAAUAUUUACCUCCCCUUCUGCUGGAUGGACUAAUGAUUGCCCGAUUGCCCUUCCCAACAAUGUACCUGUUGUAAGAGGAGCCAUCACGUGUAACCUGGGAGCCUCCUGUUCUGAUGUGGUGUGUUGUCUGUACGCUGAACCUCUGAUGAAACAUGUAACUAUCAGCCUCAGUCUGGACUACUGUCAAGACAGAAUCAGUGUCGGGAUAGACAAGUUCACCAGGGAAAUACAGCCUAGCUCUUACAACAACUGGGGCACAGAGGAAACACUAGGAAUGAGUGAAAUAUAUCAACUUAGAUACACACUAGAGGAUCUACCAAAUGCCAACAUGGACUUGGUCAGUUUUUCCAUUCGUUCUUGCUGGGAAGGUCCCUCUAAUUGUGAGGAAUACAUUGUUCUUUCCAACACCAGACUGCCAAAGUCUAAAUCCCAGCCAUACUGUAACUGGAAAUCAGAGGAACCUAUUCCAGGUUUCUCUACCAAGGCUUGGCUGGCCACCAAUGGAUAUCCAGAUUCCACACCACUGAAAGGAAAUGCAUUACAGGAUCUAAUGGAAGUUCUACAACUGUCCAGGUUUAAGGAAGAAGACUGUGAAAUAACUGCAGCUCCAUUUGAUCCUGUCAACAUAAAUGGCUGGAAUAAAGAGUGUCCAGACAACCUCACACUUGCUAGCCUUCCAAAUGCCUUUGCCUGCCAUAUUCCUGGUGACUGUACUGGAGUGGAGUGCUGUAUACCCAGUUCUACUCUUGGGAGAACCUUCCAUACAUAUCUGGACAUAGAUCCCUGUGCAGCAAAGAUCACAGUCGGAAUUGAUAAAUGGAAAUUUACAGAGGUCUCCCUGGAAAUUGACAAGCUCUUAUCUACUAAUAUGAAAAAAAGCGUAUGGUUGCAAGGAGUUGUGCGUAUGGACUUUGACAUUAAGAAUUUACAACACACAAAUAAAUAUUUGAUCAACAUGAAUAUAAGUGUGUGUACAGAGAGUUCAGAAAUUUGUGAAAUUACCAACCAAACAAUAUUUAGCAGUACUCUGCUGUCCAAAGGAAACUGUCAGCAUGAUCGACAACUGCCACCAGGGUUUUCACUGUUGUCCUGGAAGAUAAACAAUAGUUAUGCCGCUAAUGCCAGACUACCAGACUACCUCAAAGGAAAAGUAGAUGACUCUCUGGGAUUGCCUGGAUAUAGAAAGUCCUCCAAAUGUAGCAGAAAUGUGUCACCAUAUUGGCCAACUUAUAAUGGCUGGAAUCAUGACAGUGCCUGUCGAAUCUCGGGACUUCCAUACAACAUGAAGAAGAAGACUUACUGUGUGGUGGGGCCUAGCUGUACAUCUAUGACAUGCUGCACCGAGGAUCCAGAGAUGGAUACCACCUUUACUUGGUUUAUUGAUGUUGACUCCUGUAAUCUAAAAUUCACUGUAGGCAUAGAAAACAGGAAACAAGAGGAAUUCCUUCUAGACUUUAACUUUGGUGAACAGAAACAUUGCAGUCUUCAAGGAGUGUAUAGAAUAAGCUUCAUCAUCUUUGACUUGGUCAGCGAUUCGCACUACAUGAUGAGUGUAAAUAUCAGUGUGUGUUAUGAACCAGAUAACUGCACCUUGACAGAAAACAUUGUAGAAAAUAUGAUGUUCCCUAAGCCUGUCUGUGAUUUUAAGAGCAAAGAUUUUUUCCUCUCAAGUUUCUCAAUGUCUAGUUGGUUGGCAGAACAUGCUUUUAUACCUCAUUCCACAUUACCAUUGUAUGGUCAGUUAGAACUUCUAGAGGAUCUGGGUCUGGCUCAGUACAUGAAAGACAAACAAUGUAAAGAAACAGAUGACAUUUACAGAAGUCACACAGAUGGAUGGACUAAAGAUUGUCCACUCAGUGUGUUGAUCAGCCCCCUACCAGCUGGACUCCUGUGUCACGUACCCUCUACAUGUACAGCUGUCCACUGCUGUAUAACCACAAACACACCACUACAGAGGUCCUUCAGCACUGUCUUAGAUCUGGACCCCUGUAAUCAAAGGAUUUCACUGGGCAUUGAAAACUUUGUUCAUGAGAUCUCACUGUAUGACUUCCAGUUUGGGAAAGAGCAUUAUUUUUUCUUGAACAAUGUCAUCCGAAUGCAGUACAAAGUAUAUGAUUUGAAAGCUGACAGGAAAUACCAAGUUAGCCUCAACAUCAGCCUCUGUCUGGAGUCUUCUGGACCCUGUGUUCUGGAUUCCAUGCUGUUUGAUAAUGCUUUAUUGCCAAAGAAACCCUGCAGCUUGUAUACAGGAUUUGUACAAAGGAAUUUCUCACUGUCAUCUUGGAAAGCUGAAAAUCAAAUAAUGACAACAGAUAUGAAAGCCUCGGAGAUUGCUUUGUUGCAAGAGUCACUUGGGAUUGCUGAGUACCUGAAAGAGCCAUGCUCCCGACAAGAUGGCAACUACUUCCCACAUAGAAAUUAUUGGAAGGAUGAAUGUGGUAAAGUGACAGGAAUGAGUUGGUUCACAGAAUCUGACCACAUCAACUGUUACCUGUCUGACACCUGUACUACUACAUCAUGCUGUGUGGAGGACUCUGUACUAAAGAGGAACAUAGAGGUCAGGUUCAGCAUCGACCCAUGUAAAUUCACCAUGAAACUAGAGAUAGAAAAACUGCAGUUCAACAUCAGCCUGAUGACCUUUACUUGGGGUGAAACUGUCCAGAUGGAUUUUUAUGGAUUAUAUGUCCUAAGCUUCACUAUGGAGAAUUACUACAUUGAUCGGAAGUAUCUGUUGAAUAUGAACAUCAGCCAGUGCUAUGAAUCUAAUGGAAGUUGUUCACUGCGCCUUGGUCUCUUUAAAGAUUCCUUAAUACCUAAAGGUGUAUGUGACUGGUCCAUGGAUUACAACAUCAAAGGGUUUUCCUUGUAUUCAUGGAGAGUGGAUAGACGUCUUCCAACCUCAGCGGGAAGCAUUCCAGAUGAGUAUCUCUUGCAACUUCUGGAUGAAACAGGUUUAGCUGGUAUUACCAAGCAUCCUAUGUGUGAUAGAUCAACUGGUAUCUACAAUGGUGCUGUCAAUGGAUGGACUAGUGGCUGUGGAAUGAACACUACAUUACCCUUGUUGAAUUCAGACCUUGGUUGUCACAUGCUUCCUACAUGUUCUGGGGUCCAGUGCUGUGUCAGUUCUCCAGAACUGAGGAGAGACUAUGAAGUGUAUUUCAGUAUCGAUCAUUGUAGUCAUAGCCUCAACAUACAGAUUGAAAAGGUCUUCCAGAACAAGACUCUAAAUGACGUAGAAUGGGGAGUCUCUGAGGAAUUUGGUGUGCUUGGAAUAUACAGAGUUCGGUACACCAUUGAAGACCUGCCUAAGGAGAGAUCAUACCUAGUGUCACUUGAGGCUAUGGACUGCUAUGAAACAAGACCCCCUCAGUGUGAUUCUGGUACCAAAUAUAAAAUCCUAGACAGGGUGAUGUUCCCAAAAGGACUUUGCUCUUGGAAUCAGGGCUUUGUGGACCCAGACUUCUCUCUGAAGACCUGGCUGGCAGAGAACCAUAUUGUCAAUGUGACAGGGUUAAUGCAAACAGAUUACAGAGUGUCCCAGCUGAUGAAUGAACUGGCCAUCUCCCAGUAUCUACACACCCAAUCUUGUUCCCUGUCAAGCUAUCACGUUGAUGGUUGGACUUCCUCUUGUUCAAAGACAGUGAUCAAACCCAACAUCUCUGGGGCAGUAUGCCACCUUAAGGAGGACUGUACAUCAACAGAAUGUUGUGUGGAGGUUGAGUACAUGACUCGUAAUAUCAAGACCUACCUUAACAUAGACCCAUGUAGUUCAGAACUCAAAGUUGGCAUAGAGAAAUUCAGCAGGAACAUUUCAUUGACACAAUACAAAUGGGGUCAAACAGAAAGGCAUUGGUUGGCUGGAGUUGUAAGACUAGACUUCACAAUUGAUGAUUUCCAAGGAGAGAGGCUUUACCUUGUCAACAUGAAUCUAAGUCUCUGCUUCGAAGCUCAUGGAGACUGUUUCAGAAGGAUAGCCAUAUUUAGAGACACCAUACUUCCAAAACGAAGAUGUCCAUGGGAUAUUAAUACAGGUUUCUCAUUAUCAAAAUGGAAAAGUGAUGAAAAGGUUCCAAUGGGAAUUCAGUUUCCAGACUGGGCAAAAUACCUACUUCUUGAGCACUUAGACAUAGCCCAGUAUAUGUAUCCUCUUCCAUGUAAGAGAGGGGUUGGCAUGUUUUAUGACUGGAAUUCUUACCAUAACUCUACCAAUUCCACAGAUGAAAGUAUGAAUGAAACACUGCAUUCAAUGUACACAUCAAAAAUGUGCCCGUUAGAGGUGAAGUUGGUGAAUCGAUCCUUGGAUGCCAGAUCAGCCACUCAGGUGUCCUGCUAUCUCCCCUCACUGUGUACAGGGUUUCACUGCUGUGUAGAUGUACCAGACCUCAACAUGUCUUUCAAUGCUUAUCUCUCUGUGGACCCCUGUAAUUACAUCUUCACUGUUGGCAUCGAGAAGUUCACCUUUAACAAGUCACUGGAUUACUAUACUUUUGGUGAAGAUGGAUUAUUUUCCUUGGCUGGGAUUUUGAAGAUCACAUACAACCUACGUGACCUCCCUAAUGAGAAAGUAUACCUGGCAACAGUCAAGCUCAGUGUCUGUACAGAAAGCUCCUCAUGUGAAGCCAACCAUACCAUAUUUAACAAUGUGCUGCUCCCAAAACAACCAUGUGACUGGAAUGAAGGAUUUGUCAACUCAAAUUUCUCUGGGUCAGCAUGGAUGAUCAACAAUGGAUACACUCCUCCUCUAAAUAAGCACCAAUCAUCUGAGCUGAUGAGGGAAAUGAAAGCCUCUCGCUACCUUAUGGCCGAGUCUUGUUCACAUACAGAUGAAAUCUAUUCAAACCUGAAAGACGGGUGGAAUAGUUUAUGCCUAGGUGAUACCAGUCUAAGCAAUCUGACCUCUGACCCCGUUGUUUGUUACCUGGAUUACUCCUGUAGUCUCCUGAAUUGCUGUGUUAGUGUGGGGAUGAUUCGGAGGUCAUUGAACGUCCAGAUUAAACUCGAUCCCUGCUCACAGAAAAUGACUGUCAGUUUAGAGAGAAUCAGCAUAGAGGUGGACCUUCUGUCCUUUGACUUUGGCAAAGUCCACACAUUUAGUCUUGUUGGAAUGCUGAGAGUGGAAUUGGAACUCCAUGAUCUUCCAUAUCAGAAGAAAUACCUGAUAGAUCUGGCUGUGAGUGUGUGCUUUGAAAGUGAUGGGAGCUGUGAAAUUGUUGUCCCAGUGCUGAAACAUGCAGCUCUCCAUAAAGCAGACUGUGAUUGGUCACAGGGGCUACUAGGAUUUUCACUCAAGAACUGGCUUGAAACUAAGGGAAUAAAUGCAUCGUCUUCAAGUCCUUUGGAACCAUAUUUGGAACAUCUUCUACUAGAGGAUCGAGGAAUAGCAAACAUGUUAUAUGAUGUACCUUGUAACAGAUCUGAUUCCUUUUAUAAUGAAACAACACCUAUAAAUGGAUGGAUAACAGCAUGUACAGAUAGUCUACACUUAACUCCCUUGCCUGAUGGAAUAUCAUGUCACAACCCUAUAUCAUGCAGUGCUGUGUCUUGCUGUAUGGAAAUAACAAAACUGAACAACAGACCUGUGGAAGUAACAGUAGAAUUUGAUGAAUGCUCCAAUUUCCUGAAAAUGACCAUAGAAAGAAUGCCAAUGACCAGAUAUCUACAUGACUUUAUAUAUGAUAUUGAACAACGAUUUUCUCUGAAGGGAGUUUUUGAAGUUGUGUACACAAUCACUCGUGAUUCACAGAGGAGACAGUACAUUUUUGACCUGAAAGUGUCAGCUUGUUAUGAACCAGUUAUGUGUGACCAAAGUUUCACAAUUUUCAAUCAAACAACAUUUGGUAUGAAGAACUGCAACUAUGAGAAGGAUUAUUUGAAUUCAAAUUUCUCUUUAACACAAUGGAUGGCAUCCCAUUCCAUUGAUCAAGUAGAAAACAUCAAACCCUCACAAGCCAGUGAAUUGUUGCUGGAACUUGGACUAGAUCAUUUCCUGUCAGCUCAAAAAUGUUCCUUGUCAGAUGGUAUCUAUGGAUCAGCUGAUAUAAAUGGAUGGAACAAUGAGUGCCUGUUGUUUCCCAAUGACACUUUAACCAACAUCAGUGACACAGACACAGUCCGUUGUCAUGUGCCAUCCUCCUGUGAUAGGGUUAUGUGUUGUGUGUACAUACAGCCCGUCCAGAGACAUGCACAGAUGGAGCUCAUCAUAGACAUGUGUACCUAUGACAUGGAAGGCGUCAUCGACAAUCUUAAAGUACCAUACAGCAUUUUCAACCGUGACUGGGGUAAAAAGGAAGAAAUUGGCAUUCAUGGUAUUGUAAGAUGGGGCUACCAUGUGACUCCAGUUGGACCUAUGAAGAAGUUUAAAGUGGAUGGAGUAGUGAAACUUUGUUUUGAGAAGGGGCUAUGUGAAACAAAUUUGACUUUCACAGACCUACCCCUCCAUUAUAAAACUUGUAAUGGCACUAAUGGAGACAUGCCUUUCCAAGGUGUGAGUUAUGAUUUCUGGAGAGAAACACAAUGUGCAGCCACAAUUUUUAACCCAAGAGCAUGUGGAGUAAACACAGUUGAAAAUGUACCUCUUGAUGGCCAAAGUCACUGUCAAUAUCUCCCAGAAUGUAAUGGCAUAGAGUGCUGCUUUGACAAUGCUUUUUACCUGGGAAAUAGAAGUGUUUACUUCAUGCUGAAAAUGGAUUGUACAAACCUAGAGGUCCAGAUAGAAUCAAAGAAGAUGGUUAAAUCCCUAUCAGCACUGAGUGAUG